AUGGCUAGGGAGAGAGGGCAAAGCUGACCUGGUGGGUACUAGACUGAAAGGGGCCUGUGUACUGCCACUUGCACAGCGACGGGCAGUGUGGUAAGGCAGAGCUGCAGCGUGGUAAGGCAGAGCUGCAGCCUUGGGGACCCCUGCAGCUGUCAGACUCCCCACAGCAGCCCCUGCACACACAGCUCACUUGUCAGCAAGGGAUUUUCCUCCCCUCCUCCCCUGAUAAAGAUCCCUCAGCUGCUAUUAUGGGUUGUAUCCUUGGCUUAUUGUAAAAGCAAAAUGAAACAAAAAACAAAGGGAAAAAAAUCUGCGUGCUUUUCUAAUCUGGAGAUGAGCCUUUGAUCCUCUUGCUCAGUCUGAGGAUGGUGGCAUGCUGGCACAAAUGCCCCCUGUGUAUACCUGAGCUCUCUGGGACUGCUCACACAGUUCCAUUUGCAGGGAUGGGAGAGAAGUGUGUGCCAGAAAUGUUGACUGCUCCCCACAAGCAUUAAAGGGGGAGAGUGUGCGUGUGUGGAGGCAGCAGUUGUCCUCGAAGAGCUUCAACCAAAGUGGUAAUCUGUAGCUAUGGAGUCAACAACUAAGGAAAUUGAAGAAUUUGAGAACAACUCUCUGAAAUACCUACAGCCAGAGCAAAUAGAGAAAAUCUGGCUUCGUCUCCGAGGCUUGAGAAAAUAUAAGAAAACAUCACAGAGGUUACGGUCUUUGGUAAAGCAGUUGGAGAGAGGGGAAGCUUCAGUUGUAGAUCUAAAGAAGAGUUUGGAAUAUGCGGCGACUGUUCUUGAGUCGGUAUACAUUGAUGAAACAAGGCGUUUACUGGACACAGAAGAUGAACUCAGUGAUAUCCAGUCUGACUCUGUGCCCUCAGAGGUCCGUGACUGGUUGGCUUCUACCUUCACACGGCAAAUGGGGAUGAUGCUCAGAAGGACCGAGGAAAAACCCCGGUUCAGGAGCAUCGUCCAUGCAGUGCAAGCUGGAAUAUUUGUGGAAAGAAUGUACAGGCGUACUUCAAAUAUGGUCGGCUUGAGCUACCCACCAGCUGUAAUUGGAGUGCUAAAGAAUGUAGACAAGUGGUCCUUUGAUGUAUUUGCACUAAAUGAUGCCAGUGGGGAUCAUGCACUGAAAUUCAUUUUCUACGAACUUCUCACACGCUAUGAUCUGAUCAAUCAUUUCAAGAUACCCAUAUCUGCCUUGGUGUCUUUUGUGGAAGCUCUGGAGGUUGGCUACAGUAAACACAAAAAUCCUUAUCACAACCUAAUGCAUGCUGCAGAUGUCUCACAGACAGUCCAUUACCUCCUUUUCAAGACAGGCACUGUGCACUGGCUGACAGAGCUGGAGAUCUUCGCUAUGAUUUUUGCAGCUGCCAUACAUGACUAUGAACACACUGGAACCACCAACAAUUUUCACAUCCAGACAAGGUCAGACUCAGCCAUUCUAUAUAAUGACCGGUCUGUGCUUGAAAAUCACCAUGUUAGUGCGGCGUAUCGUCUUUUGCAAGAUGAUGAAGAGAUGAAUAUUUUAUCUAAUCUCUCAAAGGAUGAUUGGAGGGAAUUUAGAGCUCUAGUCAUUGAGAUGGUGUUGGCUACUGAUAUGUCCUGUCACUUCCAGCAAAUCAAAGCCAUGAAGAAUGCUUUGCAGCAACCAGAAGGAGUUGACAAGCCAAAAGCCUUAUCACUGUUAUUACAUACAGCAGAUAUCAGUCAUCCAGCCAAGGCCUGGGAUCUCCAUCAUCGCUGGACCAUGUCUCUGCUAGAGGAGUUCUUCAGACAGGGUGACAAGGAAGCAGAACUAGGGCUGCCCUUCUCUCCUCUGUGUGAUCGGACAUCUACUAUGGUUGCUCAGUCUCAAAUAGGUUUCAUUGAUUUCAUUGUGGAACCCACCUUUACUGUGCUGACCGACAUGACAGAGAAAAUUGUGACUCCACUAAUUGAUGAAGCUUCCCUCUCUGGCAUGUCUGGAUUUAGGCGUUCCAGUUUGAAUAGCAUUAGUCCCUCUGAAGUAAAAAGAUCAAGUGUCAAGAGCACCGGGUCCAAAGGAAAUGCCUCACUCAACUGCUCCAUACUCACUGUGGACUUCAAAUGUUUUAAAGCCACCUGGACUGAGGUGGUGCAGCAGAACAGGGAGAAAUGGAAAGCACAAGCCACCAAAGAAGAAAAGGCUAAGAGAGAAGCAGAGGAAAAUGCUUAUCAGGGAACAGAUGAAAAGGAAAGAGAUGAACAGGAUGGGAAGCCAGGUGAAGAUGUCACAGAAGCAAAGACAGAAAAGAGCAAAGAACCAAAUCCUGGGGAAAUCAAAAGGACAGAUUCCAGUAAGAACCCUGUAAAUGGCACUUGGCAAAGUGGUAGGAGCAAACACGAAGCCUAUCAAGGGAAAAAGGCAGCUAGGACAGAUACGAAAAUGGAUCCUCAUCAUACUGUGGGAGAAGAGAAACAGCAUGUCCAGAAUGGUGAAUUAAAGGAAGACAACAAAUUGGACAGAAAAGAUAAGUGUCGUUUGGGGGAUGAAUCAAAGAAAACAGAUGGUAUGGAAGAGUAAAAACAUAUUAAAAAAGAGACUGCGAAUCUCUUUCACCAUUUUAUCUGACCUUCUUCCUUCCUGUUCUACUCCUGCAAAGACCAGAUUCUGAGAAAGGCAUUAAACAGCUUUCAAAACACUCCUCCUCUCACUGGCUACUUCACAGCUAAUGACUCUGGUUCAAGGGUGGAGGCCUUGUUUUUUUGGUAAAUUUUGGUUUUUUGUUCAUGUAUGUAUGUUUUUUAUUGUUGUUUUUUCUGGAAGGUUUCUUGUUAAAAGGUCAAUUUGUGAUUUCAAUAUGUAAAUGGUUCCAUUUUUCUGGACAGGUCAAGCAAAUAGACAAAAGUAUUCUUCAAAAGCUGGUUUUGCCCUUUGCUAUGCCUCAGCUUGUGAAACCAACACUAGGAUGAUGCAAAAUAAUAUAAAAGACAAAAAAAUCAAAAAUUUCUUGAUAGUAAUUAACUUUUUCUUUCAAUGAAAAGCCUUUUCCAAUUGCUAGGAGACAGAAUUUGACAUCAGUUUUACCCCUAGAGAACCUUUUAUUAAUAAGAACAGUGAAUUUUUAGAACCAUUUGACUAUUUCUUGGGAUUUGAUAUCUUUCACACAUAAUACAAUGAUAGAAAAAUGGUUUUUUUUCUAAACAGCAGUCAGACUCCAUCAACCCUUGAUUAUGUUCUUUUUUUGAAGUUAGGAAAGGAAUAACCAAUGAAAGCAAUAUUCCCUUGGGGCAAAUUUUGUUUGUCAGACUCUGAGCACGUGUAUUAAUGUAUUGUGUGAUGUGCCUGUGUAACCUGAUAUUGCAGAAAAUUAUCUGUUUCCCACAUUUUUUCAUGGCCCACUAGUAGUAGCUGUUUGUCUGACCUGAAGAUUCUAGGAGGAGAGGAGCCUCAGGGAAUCACAUGGAUCAGUUCUUACUUUCAUCUCAGUUUGAUUUUUCAUCACUGACUGAAUGGACAGUCCAAUGAAACGGAAAAGCAUUGUUGGAUAAGAAUGGAUAGAAAAAAAAAUCAAAAUAAGAAUGUAUGAGGAACAUCAAGUAGGUUUGUGUUGCUGGCUUGGUAUCUCAAUAGGAAUCCAGUUAAUUGUAAGCAACUUUUCCUGUUAGUGUGGAAGUCAAGACAUACAUAUAGAUACAAUAUACAUAUACAAUACAUACAACUAUUUUUGCUGAACAGCUUGCUGUUCAGGAUGAGAUCUUACUGUAUUACUCAUAUAUGAAUUUCUUAAGGAAUCAUACUUCUGUCAUGGAACUUUUCUAUGUAGAGAACAUGAAAAGUGUUGGGUUAGGAAGGUAAAUAUUAGUAUUUUCUUUUCAUGUUCAAAAGCCCAGAACUUAGCAAUCAAAAUUUGGGUCUCUGUUCCUUCUUAAACUGUGCAUAUAUAGGGAGAAGCAUCCUGUGAUACUAGGAAAAAUUACAGCAGUAAGCUUAGACUAAAUCCAGAUUAAAAGUGAACAUAUUAAUACUUAAGAGUGUUUAGUAUUUGGGAUUUUCAUUAUUGAAGCUAGAGAUUUUUUAAGGGUUUUUUUCCUACUUCAGUUUGAAUUUUUUCAAAGCCAGAGAUUUAUAUUAUGUUCAUGCUGUGAAAAGGUUGCACUUCAAUCACGUGUUUUCAGAAAUAAGUACAUAAAUAAUUCCUGAAGUUUUUGGAGCUCUCAAUUGGCUUCACGGAACCAGCUCAUUUUAAUGAAACAGAAGGGGAGAUAGCAUUCCCAUUUGUGAGUUUGUGGUUCAAUAAAUGUAAAUUUUUGAGGAAAGUGAAGGACUGGGAGGACUGUGGCUCCACCAUCUACACUGAACACAUUCCAUGUUGUGGCAGGCUGUCACCUCUUAGCAUUUUUUUUACUCCUCUUUUUGCUCCUCCAUCAGCAUUCAACUCAAAUGAGAGUAGUAGAAUAUGAAUUCCAGCCCUGAGCAGGUUCUUUGAAGGCACACUGAUCAAAUAACAAUGAUGCUCAACUAAAUACCACAGUGGUGACAGUCUGUGCUUAGUUAGACUUCUCUGUGGUGUCGGAGAAGAGUGUUUGGUCAGAGGUGCAAAAUGAUUUAGUCAGUGGGUUUUGUUACUCUUACCUUUUAUAGUAGCUAAAGAUGCCUUAGAUUAGGCACACUAGAAAAAUAAUGUUUAAAAAAACCCCUAUAUACUUUUCUUCAUCUCUUUCUGAUAUAUACUUCCUUCUUUCUUUCUUUCUUUCUUUCUUUCUUUCUUUCUUUCUUUCUUUCUUUCUUUCUUUCUUUCUUUCUUUCUUUCUUUCUUUCUUUCUUUCUUUCUUUCUUUCUUUUCAUAGCUGGUCAGUCUUUGUUUAUAAUGCACUGGCACAAAGGUGUGAAAUCAGGCUGGAAAACGUUUUUCCAAGAUUAUUAGGGUAAUUCACUAUUGGAAGGAGCUAGUAAAGGAAGUGGUGGAUUUGCUAUCUCUUGGGAGCUGAAGAUCAGACUUGCCAUUGAAGAGAGAUGAUGUAGGGAAAGUUACUACUCUCAGCACACAGAUGCACAGCAGAAUGCUUUUUAAUACACAGACAGUCAGAGAUAGGCCUCCUUCUUUUAACUUAUUUGUGUAAGCUACAGUGGAUUAUUAGCACUUUUUAGAUUAUUUUUGUUGUCAUUUUAAAAAAGAAGGGAGAUCUAUUAGCUGGGAAAAUAUAUCAAGUGAAAGUGAAAUCUAGAAAUAAAAACCCCACAAAGAGACUGUGCCAGGUGAAAGCAUCUAUUGUGGGAUUGCCUCCUUACUUUUCCCCCACACCUUCCUGAAACACUCUGUAGCCUUGUGCUGGUGCAUCAUGAGCAUAUAUGCAUACAUAAUGUCUGGGUAUUUUUGGACAUCUCCUAGUUAAAUUAGAGAUCAGCCACUGUGCAAAUGUGUAAAAUAAUAAUAAAAUAUAAUUCUCAAAAAUACAUAGAUGCUUUCUCUUAUUUUAUUCCAAAGGAAUCAAUCAAAAACUGGAAAAGAAUUAGGCAUUCAUCAGCUAAUGGCCUAUGUUUAUAGUGUGAGAAAGGAUUUCUGAUUUUGUAUAUUUACCUCACUUUUGCAGUUGUAUAGAAAUUACAUUUUCAGAUGCCUUUCUUUCCUAUCCUCAGUAAGACUACACAAGCAAUGAAUAAGCCAAAAAUUCUUCAAAUAUUGUGUCCAUACAUUUGCCUCAUGCCGAAAUUUCACAGAAUUAUAUGGGAGAACCCAUCUGUAGGCACAAAGGAGACAGUGCUUUUUGCAGAGGGCAGCACAGGCUAGGAAGCAGUGUGAUAAAAAUUACAUUCUUCCACCUCUGCACAGAGACUGCUGGUGCUCUCAGAAAGCUCUGCCUCGCUGAAAGAGUACCACAUGUCAUCUGCUUCCUAGAAACUGAUGUAUAGUUUGAGAGGGAGAAUCCAGGCACUUUCCCCUCCUAAAACAGAGAGGAUGCAAGUAUCAGGGUUUUGUUCUUUAUCUGGGGCCUGGUGUUCAGGGAACUAGCAGACCUUGGACUCAUGGUGACAUAGUGCUUGGAUUCCUGAACACACUAUAGAAAAGGAAGUGUCAAUAUGUGUCGGAGUCUCUCCCAGGUCAGGGUGACCCCAAAAGGUGGAAAAGUCUCUGCUC